UCUUUCUGGUGUCCUGGUAACAAGCUACAAUUGGACUUCUAUGUCUUAUUCAAACCCAAGAGAUCCCGAACCGCGCGCAUGGCCAACGAGACGAACGUUGCGAAGGCAUGCCAAGAAGGCCAUGCGCCUCCCUUCCUGCUAUGUCACAGUGGUCCAUACCAUGCUCGACCACGCGCGGAGGCAAUGCUUUCGCUUGCGCAGUCGAGCGGCGUACGUGACGAGAGGUGUGUUUUGUCUCUUCACAGAUGGUUCUAAUCCGGACACUAUUCGACUGUAUGCUACGUUGAACCACUGUCCACACAGCGUACAUAUAUCUUGGACGGCUGAGCGAUAUCGACACUGCGAUCCGCUGCUGCUCUGACCACUGGUUGUACCGUCAUGGCAGAACCCGCACCGAAGCUAAUCGCACUUAUGGGCUGCACAGGAAGUGGAAAGUCCUCGUUCAUUAACCGCGCUGCUGGUUCGAAUUUGGUAGUUGGCCACGGACUCCGAUCAUGCACAAGCGAAAUACAAAUGGCGACAAUGCAACUCGCAGGCGACCGCAUCACGUUGAUCGACACGCCAGGAUUUGACGAUACCGAGAUACCACAAGCCGACAUACUGAAGUUGAUUGCUACUUUCCUACGGGAGACGUUUUCUAGCGGCACACGGCUCACUGGGAUUCUGUACCUGCAUCGAAUCUCGGACAAUCGGAUAUCCGGUAUCAGCUCGCAGAAUUACCAGUUGUUUCGCAAGCUCUGCGGGGAUGACGCUAUGAAGAACGUUGUCAUCGUCACUACAAUGUGGGAAGACGUGCGGGAGCGACAAACCGCCGAGGACAGGCUUCGGCAGUAUCGCGUCGACCAUUUUAAGGACGCCUGCGAUCAUGGAGCUCGCAUCGUGCCCCACAACAACACAUACAAGUCUGCGGUCGAUAUUCUCUCGACGCUGUUGGGGAAACCUGCCGUCGAUCUGUCGAUCCAGCGCGAGUUGGUCAAGGAGCACAAGGAAUUUCCAGACACUGGUGCGGGACGUGAGCUAGCUUCACAGUUGGAAGCAGUGUGUCAGCAACAGCGAGGCAGAGUGAACGUUCUCACCGGAGACCUGACUGAUGAAUUGUCAAGACUUGAAGGGGACCGUGACCAGACUGGGGGCUUAGCUGAGGUGGGGGAGGCUAGGAGGCGUCGGGAAGAGGAGCUGCAGCAACUGAGGAACGAUCUCAAAAACCUCAGCGAGAAGCUACAGAAGACUGAAACCGAGAGAGACAAGCUACAAACGGUCCUGGGAGAUUGCUUCAUUACGCGUCUCCAGGAGAUCCUGUCGCAGCUGGGUCGCAAUUUGCAUUCACCUACCUUGCCGUCUCAGGACUUAUCCCGCUCAGGCGUUUCAUACAUGCCAACCCCUCAGACACACCGACGCAUUCGCGUUCGCGGAGUACAUCUGCUCCCGACGCUCCGCAAUCAGACCCUAAAAGCGCACCUAGUGAGAGGCCUCUGCGUACACCCACUGCUCCGCCCGAGCCACCCCUUCCCGAACCAACCCCUCCUCCCGAACCAACCCCUCCUCCCGAACCAACCCUCCUCCCGAACCAACCCCUCCUCCCGAACCAACCCCUCCUCCCGAGCCAGCCCCUCCUCCCGAGCCAGCCCCUCCUCCCGAGCCAGCCCCUCCUCCCGAGCCAACCUCUCCUCCCGAGCCAACCCUUCCUCUACCCCAGCCAACUCUCCUCGACCUCGAUGUCCCCUCUGACGGUGCCCACUCACGCGCGUCCGUACCCCAGGAAGUGCA